AUGGCUUCCGAUACUACCAAAGAGGUGCUCACUGACCUCUCUCCGGUCAUCAAACUAUACAAAGAUGGCACUGUCGAGAGACUCUUCGGUUCAACCCAAGUUCCUCCGUCGCCGGAUGACCCUGCCACCGGUGUAGCCUCCAAAGACUUAAACAUUUCGCCAGUGGUUCAGGCCAGACUAUACCUCCCAGAACUCACAGAACCAAACCAAAAGCUCCCAGUUUUGGUUUAUUACCAUGGCGGUGGAUUUUGUAUCGGAUCCGCCUUCUCUUUCCUCGAUCAACCUUACAUUAACAUAUUAGCGGCUGAAGCAAACGCUUUGAUCGUUUCUGUUGAGUACAGGCUCGCCCCUGAAUACCCUUUGCCUAUACCCUAUGAAGAUUCCUGGACUGCUCUUCAAUGGGUAGCUUCGCACGUUACUGAAAAACCUGGCAUCGAAAAGGAACCGUGGCUAACUGAGCACGGUGAUUUCAGUAAAAUCUAUAUAGGUGGUGACAGUGCUGGAGGCAAUAUAGUUCAUAAUAUUCUUCUCCGAGCUGGGGCCGAAACGUUACCUGGGGACGUGAAAAUCGUGGGUGGAUUUCUAUCUCAUCCUUACUUCUGGGGAUCAAAGCCAAUUGGGUCCGAAACAAAAGAAGAAAUUGAGCAGAGUCUACAAUAUAAGGUUUGGUUAUUUGUUUAUCCAUCAGUUCCUGGUGGGAUUGACAAUGCCAUGAUCAAUCCAUUUGUUGAAGAUGCGCCGAGUUUAUCGGGGCUGGGGUGUUCAAGGCUGCUGGUUUGUUUAGCGGAGAAGGAUCCAUUGACGUCGAGAGGAAUUCUUUAUGUUGAGACUGUAAAGAAAAGUGGUUGGAAUGGGGAGGUGGAGAUGGUGGAGGUUGAAGGAGAAGAUCAUUGCUUUCAUAUCUUCAAUCCUGAAACAGAGAAAGCAAAGGAUCUGAUAAAGCGUAUAGCUUCUUUUAUUUCACACUAA